CCGGGUGUCCUUUAUUGAUGACGUUGGUACUGAUUUGGAGAGUGGUAGAGAUGAAACUUUGUAAAGGUUGAGUUGUUCUGUAAAUAAUAGUCAUAUCACCUGUACUAAUGUACAGCAACUUUUAUAAACCUCAGAAUGGAUCCAAUUGUAAAUAUACAAAGUUAAAAGCUUCAGGCCAGAUUAAGGCAAAUCCCCCUGCAACUGCCAUGCCCCAGAAACUGCUGAAGAGCGCCCAGACUGCACAUUACAUUGAGCUGGGCAGUUACCAGUAUUGGCCAGUACUGGUGCCUAGGGGGAUCCGGCUGUACACCUAUGAGCAGAUCCCAGUGUUUCUAAGGGACAAUCCGUACAUCACAGAUGGAUACAGGGCUUACCUGCCCUCCAGACUGUGCAUUAAAAGCCUCUUCAUUCUGUCCAAUGAAACGGUGAAUAUCUGGAGCCACCUGCUUGGCUUCCUGCUCUUCUUCUGCUUGGGUGUGUACAAUAUGGCCUCAGUGCUACCCUCCACAGGAGCCUCCAGAGAGGACUAUGUCAUCUACUCCAUAGGACUCUUCUGCUUCCAGCUGUGUAUGCUGUGCUCCGUGGGCUACCACAUAUUCUGCUGUCACCGAUCAGAGAAGACCAGCCGCCGCUGGAUGGCGCUGGACUACGCUGGAGUCUCCAUUGGCAUCCUGGGGUGCUAUGUCCCUGGAGUUUUCUAUGCCUUUUACUGCAAUAAUUACUGGCGUCAGGUGUACCUGCUGACAGUCCUGGCCAUGAUCCUGGCGGUGUUCUUCGCUCAGAUCCACCCCCACUACUUGAGCAAGCAGUGGAAGAAGCUGCGCUCCCUCAUCUUCUGCUCGGUGGCCAGCUACGGCCUCAUCCCCACCCUGCACUGGGUCUGGAUCACCGGUGGCUUCUCCUCGGAGCUUGUCCAGGCUUUUGUCCCACGGGUCAUGGUGAUGUACUUCCUGGCUGCUCUAGCGUUCCUUUUCUACGUUUCUAAAGUCCCCGAACGUUACUUCCCAGGUCAGCUGAACUACCUGGGCGCCAGCCACCAGGUGUGGCACAUCCUGCUGGUUCUGAUGUUUUACUGGUGGCACCAGUCGUCCAGCUUCAUCAUGGCCUACCGGCACAGCCAGCCCUGCCCAGACUACCCCCAGCAUGCCUAGGGCCGGCCCCCGACACUGACCCAGCAGCAGCUGCAGAGGACCCACCAUCCGGCUCAAGCGGGACUGGAUCUCGAGCAGUAAAUAGUUUUCGGUCUGCGGUGCUACGGUGGCCGACAGGGGUCAAAAGUCACUCUGAUUUUGGAGUCAGUCCUUCAACUGCUAAUUUUGUUUGACCUUCACAGCGGUCGGCCACUGCUGCAGACAGUUUUAAAAAAAAAACUAGCUAUCAUCGAAAUUUUAGCACUGAUCUUUUUUCUUUUUUUUUUUUCCAUUAAAAUUAUGGCUAGUUACUUGCCCAAGUGGCAGGUGCAGCAGACCAAAAUAUUGUGGUCGGAAUUGUUUCGACGCUGGCCGGUGUUAAUAUCUCGUCCUGAACACAAGCACUGACUGUCACCGCAAACAUGCCAACCGACCAUUGAAACACUGCAGACCGCCUCAGGAUCUCCGCGUGGGUUUAUCACAGCUCAGUUGUUCUUUAGGCCCGUGGUUCUCAGUCUGAGCAUGAUGGCGACAACUCUUGAAUUGUGCGAAAUCACAUUUUGAAUGUGAAAUUCAUCGUGUCUGCAGUCUUUGUGGUGAAUGAAUGUCUCAAGAAACGGUGAUCAAUUGAGGUGUCUUGCAGUAAUUCAGAUGAAAUGCUUUGAUGGGGGAAAACGAAAACUCGUUUAGUGUGAAAGCUCAUGUGACGAAGAGGUUGAGAACCACCGGUCCACACUGUCAUGUGCAAAACCUAAAUGUACAAUUAGCUUUUAAUUUUGAACAUUUCAGAGUUAUUUGAAUCACUCCUCACUACCCCGUGCUAAGGUGGGAUGCCUUUUCUUUUAAAGUUUUAAUUGAGAUCUGAUGUCAUCAUCCCAACACAAACCAAAACAUGGCAACUGUUACGUGAGCUUAGUGUUCAAAGUCUGUUCCGGGAUCAGUUGUGGUCAGCCUGCGAGGUUCGCCAUGUGCAACAUUGAUGCGUCUGUUGCUCUCUGCUGCUCCGGGUAACAAGGAUGAUUUUUCUUCAACAUUGAGUCGGGUCACUUUCCUCUGUUUAGUCUUGAGUCUGUCGGGACUUAAACACUGUGGACUACAGUUAUGUCCCUGAUGGUUCGUUGUGUUUCUGUCUAGUCUCUACGGUGGGUCUGGGUUGUUUGCACAUGUCCAUGACUGUUUCAGCGAAUUGGGGCUGCAUGUGAUAAAUUAAGGGAAAAAAGUCAGUUACAGUAAAGAUAACCAGCAGUACUUCAUCGCACGGCUCACCCUACUUUUCUUAUCUUGUCAAAAAUGACAUAUAAAGUUUCUUCAGUCUGUUGUGAUUUUUUUUUUUACUUCUUAACCUUGAACUAGUUCCCAUCAAGUCCCAGGAGCUUGUCAGUGCUGAAGCGAGCUGCCUCGUCCCCUUUACUUCUUUACUUACUGGUGUGUUUAGACCGCCUGGUACAAGCGACCCGGUUCUAACUUUUUUGCGCUGUAUGGCACCGAUCAGAUAUGCAUUGCACCGAGAAGCACGUGAGAAAAAAAAUUCGUUGAUCCAUUUUCUAGGUCUGAUCUGAAUUGUUUUCUCUCCUGUGUUCAUGACUUAACAACAGAUUGGGGGGGAGGGUUACCGGCAUACAUUUUCUAAAUUCCUUAAUUUUCUUUUCAUCUGUGAAACAGGAGGGAAAAAAAGUUUUGCCAGGAAAAUUUUUCUAAGUUACUUUUUUUUCCAUCUGUGAAAACAGGUGAAAAACUUUUUUUUUGGCAGGUUGAAUUAUUUUAUUUUAUUUUUUGCACCUAGCAAAACUUUUUUUUCCACCUGUUUCACAGAUGGAAACAAAAUUAAGGAACUGAGAAAGAUUAUCCUGGCAAAACCCUUUUCCCCCCCUAUUAAGUCAAACACAGGAGAGAAAACCCUUCACAUCAGACGUAGAAAAUGGACCACCAGGAUUUUUUACUCCAUGGCCUCUCAGAGCUUCCGUAGCAUCAUGUCCGUGUAACCGUGGAAACAGCACAUUCGUGGUCAAAAUCAGAUAUUUUCAGAUCUGAUUUUUGACCACGAAUUAUAAUUAAUUAAAUUGAUUAUAACUGAAUUAAUAUGUGGACUUAAAUUGGAUAUGAAUGUCAUAUCUGCCAGUGUGGGUCUCAUCAUCUAAAAGCCGGUGAGGUUUUUCGGGUCGUUGCAAGUCGCACACCAUUCAAAAUGCGACGCCACUGGUGACAUGUUGGAUGGUGUGGCAUACACGCACGGUUGCUAACUUCCUCAUCGCUGACCAGACUGGUGUAGGCCGACGUGUGCAGGUUGCCUCAAGUGUGAACCAAAGAGUUGUGGUGUAAGCACAGAAAUCAGAUCUGGGUCCCUAUUAAAAGUACAUGCAAACAGGCGGUAAAAAAAAUACAGGCAACAAAUUGGAGCGGCAUCAAGACCUGCAGUGUACAUGUCAAGACCUGCGUUGCACAUAGCUUUUAAUAGAGUCCACCAACUGGAGAUGUGUUAGGUGUGUGGACAGUGUUCCUCGAGCUUACAGCCCACGGUAUCUGGUGAGCCCACUAGGCUGGUGUGCAAUGUCGAAGGUCAGCUGAUAACUUUUGUUUUAGAGGUUUCAUUCCAAAACCUACCAGUUUGUACGUUAUGGUAAGAAUCUUAGCUGUUCAUCGUGCAAUAUUUUAAAAAUGCAAAUGAGUGCAUGUGCUUAUUAUACUGUGUUGCAAUCACAAGUCUUACGCUCAUGGUCAUGUUUUGGUUGGGUGGUGUCGAUGGUGGUUUCCUACAUUUUGGAAUGAAACUCGUUCGUUUAGCAUGCUAUUUAACACUUCAAGUGAGUCUUAGACCGAAACCAUGUCGUCUGGUGUGAUGGUUCUGGAUUGAAGCUGUUUUGUGUGUGUGUGUUCUGUAUUUAUACAACACAUUGUGUUGCGGGAUCAGGAUGUUGAGUUUUCCAGGAACACACUGGUUGAUAUCUUUGUAACGUGAGGCGCGAGAGAGAAGUCUGAAGAUUUUCUAGACUCAUUUUGUCAUGACUGUCUUUUUUUGUUUUUGUUUGUUUGUUUGUAGACUUUCACUAUUACACGGCCACAGGAACUACUGGAUGAACUCUGCCGACUGAAUAAAAUCUGCCUAUGU